GCCGCUCAUUGGCUCCUGGCGCUAAUCGGUCAGCGCGAGGACCGAGAGCCCAGUGGGCGCAGGGCAACAUGUUUACUGCCAUCUACACUGCUAAUUACAGCUUUUAGCUACAGCAUUUCCUUUCACGAUUUCCUAGAUACAUUACCGAGGCCUUUGGGGGAAGAUGCUGUGUCGUCUGGCUAAGACAUGGGGAAAGACUUUGAUAGCGCAUGGACCGUCUCCAUUUGAUGUCCCAGCAAAUAAACUGAGAAACGUCACUUUGACAUUACACAAGGUGCACACGAACAGGGCUUUGUGUCGAACUGCGUUCAGCGGACACGUAACUAAUGUAAACCACGCGAAAGGACAAGAACAGGACAUAUAUUUGACCCAAAAGUGGGACACGUCGUGUGGUUUCGUAUCAGACUGGCAGCACUGGGACAGAAUAGCUACAAUUGCUACGUCUCUUUCUAGUGUACACAGUCGAGGCGUGAGAGGACAUAUCUUUACGUCUCAGCCCAGCUCACAUUACGGGGUUCACGUUAUCAGGAACAGGGUCGUCGGUAAUGUGUGUUUUCCAGGGCUUUUUAAUCGGCAUUGCUCCUCCGGAACCAUGCAGACCCGAGCUUCUUCCACUGCUUCAGCCGCAAAGCAACGCGAGGCCAACGAGGAGCAGCCGAGAGAGAGCGACAAAGGGGAUGAGACUUUGAAGAACCCCUCUCCACCUCCUGACAGUUCUCCACCAGCUCCAGAGGGAGGAAAACCCAACAAAACCCAACAGCUAAAGAAAGUCUUCAAAGAGUACGGUGCUGUGGGUGUGUCCUUCCACAUCUGCAUGUCCCUCAUGUCUCUGGGCAUGUUCUACCUCCUCGUGUCCAGUGGAAUCGAUAUGGCUGCUCUGCUCUGCAAAAUGGGCUUCAGUGAGACUGUGGUCCAGUCCAAGAUGGCCGCCGGGACCAGCACCUUUGUUUUGGCCUAUGCUAUUCACAAGCUGUUUGCCCCAGUCCGAAUCAGCAUCACCCUGGUGUCAGUGCCUCUUAUCGUUCGCCAUUUUAGAAAGAUUGGACUGUUUAAAGCUCCCCCCCCUGCUUCUCAAUAACACUAAUGUUUUAAUGACAUGAAAAGCACAGAGUUUUUACAGAGUCCUUUUUGUAAUUAAACUGUUCCUUCUGACUUUUUAUUUAUAAAUGAUAAACCACUGCAGAACAAGAAACCCCUGCUGAAGUAAUUAUAUCAGUCAGGUUUCCCAUGGCAUCCAACUAUUUGAGUUAUGCUGGUUAAAAAUGUACAUUGGAAGUAAGGUUCAUUUAGCUCAAAGUUUGUUGUUUUAUUUAGUUUUUAAUUGGAAAUAUAAGUGUGAUCUUCUGGAAGUGACUUGAUCUAGAAUUGUUUUUAAAGUGCAGUUGAUUCAGAAUAAUUUUGUUUGUGUUCCAGCCUUAUUUAAUUAAAAACUUAUAAGAUUUUCUUGAACAAACUUUAUUUUAUAUUGACAUCCAAUUGCUAGCAAUAAAAAAGUAGUAAAAUGACCUUAAGCCAUGCCAGUUAAAGCCUCCAUAUUUAUUUACAAUCAGAAUAGUGUUCUGGAGAACUUUUAGUUUUGAUUGGUUGAGGCAGGGUUUGUCUCUUAAAGCUGUGAAAGUUUCCCAUGGGUGCCAAUAGAAAGAGCUGAUUUCUGCUCGGCUGUUGGCUGACUAGUCGCGUUGUGCUGCUUUGCGAAUCAGCAGAAUAUUUCAGUGUUUUUCUGUCUCUGCCCUGCUCCCCUCUGCCAUUAUCUCUCCACUCUCACACUGCUUACUGUGCCACCCCCUCUGCCUGUUUCUAACUGUUUUUAUAUAGGUGCUAUUUUGCCAUUCCUGUGCUGCAUACAAAGCUCCAGUUUCUAUUGGGAAGGAUUAUUGCUGAUUUGCCUGGCAUAAUUAAUUUCAUUAAAAAUACAUGUUCUCCUUUU